CGGAGAAACUUGGGGGGAGGGCAAGCAAGGAGCAAGACCCCCCGGAGCCUGGAGUCCUCUUCCUCGCGGGUGAAUAAAUUAUUAAGCGCCCAAUACACAAUAGCCUCGCUAGAUGGAGACGAGCAAUCACUGCAGCGGCGCUGGCGGCGGCGGCGGCGGCGGGGAGCGCGGGCGGGAGCGCAGCCCGGGCGGGAGGCGGGCGAGGCUCUGGCGAGGCUCACGUCUGUUUUCCUUUUUCGUGCAUUAUUUAUUUCGCCUCCGCCCGCGGCCCUGCUGCCCGAGCGGGCGCUCCCGGCCAGCGCCUCUCGCUGCCGCUUCCCGCGGGCCGGCGUGACUGGAGAGGAGAGCUCGGGCACCCCCGCGCCCCGGGCAGCCACGCGGCGCCACCGGGAAGGGCGGGGACCCGGGCAGGGCACGCGCUGCCGGCUCCAGGCGGCCUGGAGGAGACUUUCCCCGCCUUCGCCUCCGCCUCGGCAGCUCGCCCAGGGCCUGGGCGCGGGGUGCCGCCUCUCCCGCCCCGAGCGCGGCCAGGCGCAGCCCGGAGCCCCCGCGCCCCCGCGCCCCGUGCGAGCGCGCCGCGCCCGGGCCCCCGGCUCAGCCGCCCCGGAGGCCCAAGCCGCGCGCAAACUUUUGCUCCAGUGCCCGGCGCUCCUCCUCGGCAUGUGAAGCCCCCAGGCGCCCGCGCAGUCGCCAGGUUAGCCCCGAGAGCGGGCGCCGCGGGCCGAGAUGCUCCUCCGGGACCUGGUGCUGCGCCGUGGCUGCUGCUGGUCCUCGCUGCUGCUGCACUGCGCGCUCCACCCGCUCUGGGGCUUCGUGCAGGUGACCCACGGGGAGCCCCAGAAGUCCUGCUCCAAGGUGACUGACAGCUGUCAACACAUCUGCCAGUGCCGACCCCCUCCCCCGCUGCCCCCGCCACCCCCGCCCCCGCCGCCUCCCAGACUCCUCUCUGCUCCAGCUCCCAACUCUACCUCGUGCCCCGCGGAGGAAAGCUGGUGGUCAGGGCUGCUGAUCGUCAUUGCGGUAUGCUGCGCCUCCCUGGUGUUUCUCACUGUGCUUGCCAUCAUUUGCUACAAAGCCAUCAAAAGGAAACCACUAAGAAAAGAGGAGAACGGCACCAGUGUUGCUGAGUAUCCCAUGACCUCCUCGCAGAGCAAAGGAGUGGAUGUGAACAGCGCCGUGGUGUGAGUUGGCAGGCCCAAGACCCGCUGGCUAGAGGGGCACCUUGGUGGCGCUAGUGGACACGGGAAAGCAGGUGGACAUGAGCUGAAACUGGGCUUGUCCAGGACUUCAUUGCCUUGCAGGCCUUGAGCCUCCCGAGGGAGAAACCAUCCUCUUCCCAGCGUUGCCCCAGUCAGCCCGCGGGCAGGGGCAGUGCAGACACCAGGCUGAGCCACCUGCAUGCAGCCCCCGGCGCAGCGCCUCUGCCCGAGGCGCUCCACGUGUCUUCCUUGUCUCGUGUUUGAUCCGCUGUCUCCCAGCUGCUGUCUACAGCCCGCACUCUGACAAAGGCGGGGAGUCUGUCUGUCUGCUUGGGUGGGGAGGCACCCCCUCUAGCCAAAGGAAAGGCGAUCCAGGGGCCACUCCGCCAGAAAACCCCUCCUCCUCCCCAGAAAGCCCACCUGCCUCUCUGUUGACCAUGCCGUUCCCAACAGAAGCCAUCGGCACAGCCAUGAGAUGUCCCCUUUCAAAGGUGCUUCCACACAUCCGUACAUUGUCCCAUCUGCGAUUGUCUUCAGUCUUCAGGGCCCGCCUUCUCCCUCCUGUCUCCACCAACACCCUGGGCCCCUGGCUCCUUACUCCUGACUUCCUGCCACGGAGGGCUAUGGGCCCAGCCUGCAAAGUACCCCCUGAAUGAACAGACAAAGGGGCUCGUUUACACUCUGGAGUAGUGUCUGGCUUUCCAGGGGCAAAAUGACUCACUGAACCCCAGGCCAGGGGCCCAGGAAGGACAGAGGCCACCACGCCUCUUCUCAGACUCAUUCCCACACCUGACCCUUGUAGGAACUAAUGCAGCCAUGUGAGCCAGGCCCUGCCUCCUCUGACAGAGGCCACCACUUGUGCCAAACCCACUGUGGGCGCUCUGGGUUGGGCCGACCCGGCCUGGCGCAGGGUCUCCCUGACACUCCCCUGAGACCCUGACCAGGUACUCGGCCCUUCUGCUGAGAGCCAGGCCUCCCCGCACCAGAAAGAGGUGGUAUUCUUCCAGUGGCUCCCUUUGAAUGUCCCUUUCCGAGGUCUUAUGUUCUAAAAUGGAAAAGGGAAGGGAAAAGGGUAGGAGGAGGGGACCCUCCAGGCCUGGUGACCCAGGUCUGCCAGCCAGUAUCCCAGGUGGCCGCCUGCCCUGUGGGCACAUCACUCGGCCCGUGGAGACAGCAGCCGUGUGCUUUUGUAUCCCCUAGUGGACCGGAAGAACACUCCUGACCCCAUGGUUCCCUCACCACCCACACACUUGCUCAGAAGGAACCGGGCGCACGUACUGGUUCCACCCUGGCUGUGUAGGAACUUAGCUAGGAGGCCCCCGUCUGCCUCCCAAACCACCGGGGUAGUUCUCUGGAGGGUGAGACUGACAGACUGAAAACCAGUCCCCAUUCGGGCUGAACUGAGACAUCCGUUGUCACAGAGCCCUUGUGCCCAUGGAGCUCUGUACGUCCCGCUGUCUUUCGGAGAGCAGAGAGGAGACAGUGAGUUUGCUGUGACUGUAACCCGGCUCCUGCCCCCAGGUCAGCGGGUACAGGCUGAGGACAGGCCCCUGGCACACCCUCCCAGAAAGGAUCUUUUCUUUUCGUUUUCCUUCCGUGGGAGGACUUGGUUUUGGUUUGGAUUUGGGUUUUGCUUUCGCUGUGCACCUUAGCAGGGCACGGUGCCGUCAGUGGCCUUCAGCAUUGCCCCCAACCUGGUAAGCAGUUUACGGGACUCUUGGUUGGUGCCCUCCACUUCCCGACAGGUGGGUGGGUGACAAACAGGCUGGAGGGUGUGGGUCCACAGCAGGCCAGACCCCACCCCCGUGUACUUUGCCCCUCCGCCUGCAGUCUGCUGAGUCCCCUGCCUGUUCCCUGAGUAGACACCCGGGCAGGUCCCUGGCCCUAAGCACAUGCCCCCUGGGGCUCAGAAGUGAGGGGAGGGCACCUUCGGCCAGAGGGGCAUCCUGGCUAAGUGUCAUGGAGUGCUGCGCAGCCAGCCUGGAGGGACAUCGAGGAAGACAGGGCGUAGCCCAGCUUUGCACAAACGCACCAGUCCUACCUUCCCCGACCUUGGCUUAAACCUAGAAGGCUCAGAUUUUGCAAUUAGCCUAGUCCUCCAGCCCCAGGCGAGCCCCCCCC